AUGGGUGAAGACGCGUUGGGCGCUGCCUCUGCCUCCCCUGGGAGGUCGGAUGGCGCGCUCGACGUGUCGGAGCCCGGAUUGCGUCUUAGCCCGGUGGAGGUCCUCGACCGAGAGCAGAUCCUGGCGAACAACUGCCGGGCUUAUGCGGAGGAAGUCGAGAGACUUGAAGCUCGAGUUGCCUCACUGGAGGCUCAAAAUGUCCCUGGAAAAGACACGGCUGCGAAGGCGGAUCUGCUUGCAGGCAGACUGCGGGAGGUCUUCUCGGGGGGAGAUGUGGUGGUCUCCCGCCCCCGGAAAACCAUGGAGCUCAGGCUUCGUGGUACUAUGGGGGAGGAGACUGCCUCGCGCGAGGAGAUUUUGGAGGCGCUGGGAUCUCUGGGGGGAUGUGACGCAGGGGAUAUCCGGAUCGGGUCGGUUCGGCCCUUGCCGCGGUCCCCCUUGAGCACCCUUUGGGUGCGUUGCCCGUUGGCUGUUGGCCGAAAGGCCUUGUCAACGGGUAGACUUCGGGUAGGCUGGAACACCCUGGAGGUCGAGGCGCUUCGUGCCCGGCCUCUGAGGUGUUUCAGAUGCCUCAAACUGGGGCAUGCGCGGGUGGUGUGA